GAUAAUUACGGAAGCAGAGUAAGCAUAAUCGAUUAUUUAACCAAAGUAAACACUUGAGGCAACACAUGCCAGAUCGAUAAACUAGUGAGUGCUUUAUAGAAGUCAAGGGCAAGACUGUUGUGAAACGUAUGUCAAACAGCGAGAAAUAUCUGUUUUGCAAAUGUAAAAGCCUAAAAUGCAAACACAAACACAAACACCUUGAAUUAUUUGCAUAAAAAUACGUAUACUACGCAACUGUGCGCAAUAUAAGCAAUACGUGAAUGGCAGCAAUUAAAGCGAAUAAUAAUCGUGUUUUCGCGACUGUCGCGCAUUGGUAAACAUGGGAAUUUUACAAUUUCGAACGUGUUUCGUGCGUAAAUCAGCAAGUCAGUUGCUGCAGUUGUCAACAAUCGGUUGACUCGCGAGGAGUAAACAAUGUGUCGGUGUCGCCUCUGACGAAAUACAACGGCCGACACACGAUUCGACCCUCAAUUAGACGCAAAUAGAUAGCGAUCACACUGAUACACAUUUCGAUAUUCACGCGUUAGUCAUACACACGCGCGAUUUCGUCGUCGUUAGGCGUGAAUAUUUCCGCACUCAAAGCGCACAUUGUCCGUGCGUGCGAUCGUGGAAUCUUUUUGCCUUCAGAAUAAAGAUUAACAGUUCAGUGGUGUUUUAGUGGUUAAGUGUUUUAUGCAGGUUGUCAGUGGUAAUAAGAAUACCCAACGGUAAUGUCUCUGGAUGAUGGAUUUAGCAAAUUUGAUUUCGAACAUUGACGCGCGAUUCGGCUCAAUCUUCCACAACACAUGGAAGGACCAGUUCGAUUUGUUUUUCUCCAACGACUCCAAUGAGCCUUUGUACUUGUUAAUUGUAGCUAUUGCUACAACUAUAUUGACUGCUGUUGUUCUACUAUUGAGAAGAUGGGACAAAAAAGUGAUUGUGAGAAAGGAGUCUUUGACACCUGGUUUGCGUUUCCGCAAACGCGACAAAGCACUAUUCUAUGGCCGGAAGAUGCUGCGGAAGGUCCGCUCCAUCUCCGGCCAGGUGCGAAAUUCUGGACAAGGACGAAAGCGUAAGAUGGUCAUGAAAUUUGCACGACGAUUGCUACAGUUAAAGAAGGAAAAUGAGGCCGAACAACUCAAGGUUUUGGAACCUCCAGCAGAAUACCUCCAAGAAGAUAUUAGCGAUGAGCGAAUGCCGCCUGAUUUACUCUACAUGUUCCAAAACAUUCGCGUGUUCGGCCAUUUUGAGAAACCGAUAUUCCUAAAGUUGUGCAAACACACAGAAAUCAUGACGGUGCAUGCCGGAACAUAUUUAUUUAAAAUUGGUGAUCCGGACGAAAACAUUUAUAUUCUUCAGAAUGGUAAAGUGCAAGUGUUUAUAACAAUGGACGGUACCACGCUACCGCUGAAGACGGUGAAGACAGGCGAGUCCGUUGCGUCGUUGCUAAGUUUCGUUGAUGUUUUAAACGGUUACAAAAAACCUUACCGUACGAUAUGUGCGAAAGCUUUAGAAGAUUCAACAGUUGUUAAACUUCCAAUGUCCGCAUUUUCGGAAAUUUUCAACGAUAAUCCCGAAGUGUUAAUUCGUGUAAUUCAAGUUAUAAUGGUUCGAUUGCAAAGAGUAACUUUCACUGCUCUGCAUGAUUAUCUUGGCUUAAGUGCAGAACUUAUAGAUCCUUUGCCGCGUCCAUCAAAACGCCCUUCAACAGUGCAACUUUCCCCAAACAAAGGACGAAAACACACCGAUCUCUUUGAAAACCCAGACCCGAUGCCUUCUUCAUCUACAGCCACUAUCCCGAUAAUGAUUCCAAAGACGCCAGUAGUCUCGAAAACUCCGUCUGUGCCUGUAAGACACCGCAAUUCAUUGAAUAAUACACCUGAUAUGAUUCCCGAUGGUGAGCGACACUUUGUGCCUGAUAUUCAACUGGAUGCUGGAAUGACUGAUGAAGAUGAUAGGCGGAAACAGAGUCGGGAGAAUAGUGAAUAUGCUGCUCUUGCACUGGAAGCUUUCCAACAGGAACUGCGACUUGAUGACGAUUCGGUUUUACAAGAUAAAGUUGAGAUUCGUGAAGUUUCUUCGGGGACGUUCCUAAUGAAAGAAGAAUCACAUAAGGAUGUUGCGUUAGUUUAUGUUCUUACUGGAAGUCUAGUCAUCUCCCAGCGCACAUCGGAUGAUGCCAACGAAGUUAGCACGUAUACUGCACAUCCUGGUGAAUUCGUUGGUGGACUUGCAGUUCUUACUGGCGAGCCAAGUUAUUUCACAGUGCGCGCAAAGCACUUUUCACGAAUUGGACUGAUAUCCAAGACAACAUUUUACAAUUUACUUAAAGAUCAACCAAGAGUGGCCUUGCACGUCGCCAACAUUGUAAUCCGUCGAUUGUCACCGUUUGUACGGCAAAUUGAUUUUGCCUUAGACUGGAUUUUCCUAGAAGCUGGCCGUGCUGUUUAUCGACAGGACGAAGAAAGCGAUUCCACUUUCGUGGUACUCUCCGGACGUCUACGGUCUGUUAUAACGCAUGGUAACGCAAAAAAGGAACUAGUUGCUGAGUAUGGCCGAGGCGAUUUGCUUGGUAUUGUCGAGAUGGUCACACAAACUCACCGCAGUACUACUUUGAUUGCUGUACGGGAUACAGAACUCGCUAAACUCCCAGAAGGAUUAUUCAACACGAUCAAACUCAAGUAUCCGAUUGUUGUUACACGCUUGAUUAACUUAUUAGGUUUGCGUAUUCUUGGCACCUGGCAGAAUCCUAACUUGACCAGCAGGAAGAUUCAAACGAAGCAACCUUACGAUGCAAGACCAUCACAGUUGAAUUUCUCUACGGUUGCGAUUGUUCCGGCGUCUGAUGAUGUGCCAAUGACUGCGUUUACCUUUGAAUUGUAUCAUUGCCUCACCGCAUUAGGUCCAACUGCUCGUUUAACAUCGGAUGUGGUACGGAAAGCGCUCGGUACAACGAUAAUGGAUCCUAACAACGAAUAUAGAUUAACUUCAUGGUUAGCGCAACAAGAGGAUCAACAUAAAAUUUGUCUCUACCAGUGCGAUAAUAAUUACACAGUAUGGACGCAAAGAUGUGUGCGACAAGCUGAUUGCAUCCUUAUUGUUGGUUUGGGUGAUAAGGAACCUAUCGUUGGAAAAAUGGAGAGAGAAAUUGAGCGUGUUGCCUUGCGGACGCAGAAAGAAUUAGUGCUUUUGCAUAGGGAGGUGAAUGGAAAACCGCAAAAUACUGUGGCGUGGUUGAACAUGCGUUCGUGGGUAUCUUCACAUCACCAUAUUUUAUGUCCAAAGAGGAUGUUUUCUAGGAAAUCUUUAUAUAGAAUUAAUGAAUUAUACUCAAAAGUCUGCUUGUCCGAGCCGAAUAUUCACUCGGACUUUUCGCGUCUCGCAAGAUGGUUGACGGGAAGGUCUGUGGGGUUAGUGCUUGGCGGUGGUGGUGCUCGUGGUUCAGCGCACAUUGGAAUGAUUAAGUCCAUAAUUGAAGCUGGAAUACCAAUUGAUAUGGUUGGUGGAGUAAGUAUUGGUGCCUUUAUGGGUGCCCUUUGGUGUAAGGAGAGAAAUAUAACUACAGUGACACAAAUGGCGCGUGAAUGGUCCAGAAAAAUGACACAAUGGUGGCGUCAGAUAAUGGACCUGACGUACCCGAUGACUUCCAUGUUCAGUGGACGUGAUUUUAACCAGACAAUUCGCGGCACAUUCGCUGAUACAUUCAUCGAAGAUCUCUGGUUGCCGUAUUUUACGGUGACCACCGACAUUUCGGAGUCAUGCAUGCGGGUACACAAUCAUGGAUCGCUGUGGCGUUACGUGCGCUCGUCCAUGUCGUUGUCCGGCUAUAUGCCGCCGCUGUGCGAUCCGAUCGACGGCCAUCUUCUGCUCGACGGAGGCUACGUCAAUAAUCUACCAGCCGAUGUGAUGCGUAGUCAUGGCGCUAGUCAUAUCUUAGCAGUCGAUGUUGGUUCAGUAGAUGACCAGGACCUCACAAACUAUGGUGAUGAUCUCUCUGGAUGGUGGUUACUUUGGAAACGUUGGAAUCCUUUCACGACACCUGUGAAAGUACCAAAUCUUCCUGAUAUUCAGUCGCGGCUUGCAUACGUCAGUUGUGUGCGGCAAUUGGAGGAAGUGAAAACAAGCGAUUACUGCGAGUACAUCCGCCCACCAAUAGACAAAUAUAAAACACUGCAGUUUGGUAGUUUUGAUGAAAUCAAAGAAGUAGGAUUCCAACAUGGUAAGGCUUACUUUGAAGGUAAACGCCAGGCUGGACAACUACCUACAUUUGCGAAUGACAUGCGCAAAUCGUACGUCUUCGCACAGCCGCACAUGGGUCCAGGUGGCUAUACGUUUACCGAUCUAGCGCAGAUGGUUUGCACUGUGCGACGGCCCUACGACGACGACACUAGUUCCGAAUCAGAUUACGAUGACGACGACAAUCGAGGGUAUGCCAGUGAGCCUUCAGUUGGCAUCAGCGAUGAUUAUGCUGACAAUCCUUUCACUUGGGAUGGUAACGCUAGUACUCUGUAGCACUCAACUAUUUCUCUUCCUUAAAACUAAUUUUCUAAAUGAAACCUGGGAAACCUUACGGUAGACCUUACGGCUCUUUGUCUGAGAAUGAAAUGGAGGACGUCGAGUUCGACCUAACGCUAGACAGUAAAGCACUAACCAAAUCGGUGAUAACCUAAUGCUAGUCGGCUAUAUAUUGUUUGGAUAAUUUAUAAUAAAAUUGUUGUAACGUGCGCCGGCGAUGAUAGAACCAGAACAAAAACGUCCGCAAACGCGAUGCACGAACAAUAUUGCCAUGUAUUAAUUGAUAUUACGUAUGUUACCCAUACAAUUAUACUCAUUAUUGUGCUAUUAGUUCAAUUCGCGAUCAGUUCAAACUAAUCCAAUUGUUUUUCGUUUCUUGUACUGUACCUAUUUAAAUAUUUAAUUGAAAAAGUAGCUUUUAAGCAUUUUUAAGACGCUAGGAACAAAGACACAAUAACCCUGUGAUCUCCAAUGCAUUAUGAAUAAAAAUAUUUUAUAAUUGAAACCAAAAA